UGCCCUGCUCCUGCCAGGUGGCCCUGCCGGCGUUGUCCCCCACGAUGCAGAUGGGCACCAUUGCACGCUGGGAGAAGAAGGAGGGUGACAAGAUCAGCGAAGGGGAGCUGAUAGCGGAGGUGGAGACAGACAAAGCAACAGUUGGCUUUGAGAGCAUAGAGGAAUGUUACUUAGCCAAGAUCCUGGUGCCAGAAGGAACAAGGGACGUUCCUAUUGGGGCCAUAAUAUGUAUCACAGUUGAAAAGCCUGAACAUGUUGAUGCCUUUAAAAAUUACACGCUGGAUUCUGCAGCAUCUGCUCCUCCUGCAGCAACAGUGCCUCCCCCCCCAACUGCAGCUCCCUCGCCACCGCCUCAGCCUUCUCCUCAGGCUCCUGGCAGCUCUUACCCUCCUCACAUGCAGGUCACUCUCCCUGCACUGUCACCUACCAUGACAAUGGGCACAGUGCAGAGAUGGGAGAAGAAGGUUGGGGAGAAACUGAAUGAAGGAGACUUACUGGCAGAAAUUGAGACGGACAAAGCCACAAUAGGCUUUGAAGUGCAGGAAGAAGGCUACUUGGCAAAAAUCUUGGUGCCUGAAGGAACAAGGGAUGUGCCACUAGGAACAGCCCUCUGCAUUAUUGUGGAGAAAGAGUCUGAUAUUCCAGCCUUUGCUGACUACCGGGAGACUGGAGUAGUUGACCUGAAGCCGCAAGCUGCUGCUGCUGCUGCUCCUCCACCGGUGAUGGCAACUCCUGCUGUUCCUCCUCCUCCGCAGCCUGCUGCCCCUCCCACUCCAGCCUUCGCUGCAGGUGUGCCUUCUCCCCAGAAAGGAAGGAUCCUAGUUAGUCCCCUGGCAAAGAAACUGGCAGCAGAAAAAGGAAUUGACCUCGCCCAGGUGAAAGGUACCGGACCGGAUGGUAGAAUCACAAAGAAAGAUGUGGAGUCAUUUGUGCCACCAAAGGUUGCUCCAGCCCCAGCAGUAGAGGCAGUACCUGCAGUUGCUGCAGUUGCAGCAGCGCCAGUGGGGACUUUCACAGAUAUCCCUGUCAGCAACAUUCGGAGGGUCAUUGCUCAGCGGCUGAUGCAGUCUAAACAAACAAUACCUCACUAUUACCUGUCUAUCGACGUAAACAUGGGAGAAGUGCUGGUGCUAAGAAAAGAACUCAAUCAGGUGGUCUCGGAUAACAUUAAGCUCUCUGUCAAUGACUUCAUAAUUAAAGCUUCGGCUCUGGCAUGCUUGAAGGUGCCCGAGGCGAAUUCUUCAUGGAUGGACACAGUUAUUAGGCAAAAUCACGUAGUAGAUGUUAGCGUUGCAGUGAGUACUCCUGCAGGGCUUAUAACGCCUAUUGUGUUUAACGCACAUAUAAAGGGCCUGGCUUCCAUUAGUAAGGAUGUUCUUUCUUUGGCAACUAAAGCCCGAGAAGGUAAACUUCAGCCACACGAAUUCCAGGGUGGCACUUUCACGGUUUCCAAUUUAGGAAUGUAUGGAAUUAAGAAUUUCUCUGCCAUAAUCAAUCCACCUCAAGCGUGCAUCCUUGCAGUUGGUUCCUCAGAGAAAAGGCUGGUGCCAGCAGAUAAUGAGAAGGGAUUUGGUGUGGCCAGUGUGAUGUCCGUUACACUUAGCUGUGACCAUCGUGUUGUGGAUGGAGCAGUUGGAGCGCAGUGGCUUGUCGAAUUCAAGAAUUUCCUUGAAAAGCCUGUCACCAUGCUGCUAUAAUUUAACUAUGAGUUCAGAUGAGCAGGUAAAUGAAAUCUGCAAGUUGGUAGAAGGUGAAUUCCCUUGUUAGUCUGUUCUCCUGCUGCGGUGGGCGACAAUGACAGAUGCACUAAGGGACUGGAGCCCCUGGGAAGAUUUUCUCAAAGGCCAAGUGUUAGCAUUGCAAAUGUCUUUUGGAAUUUGGCACUGGUUCUGACUUUCCCAGCUAUGCGAUCCCUUUUGAGCACUUUAACGUAAGGUGAAAGACCACUGACACCUGUGAGGUCAGAGGGAGCCACAAUACCACAGGGAACGUGCUAUCUUCUCCUGGACUUUCACUUACAUGUGCUUUUAUAUGAAAUCUCUUUUGCUUUUUCUUUUGCUAAGUUAAUAGCAGAAUACGAUGCCAUGGAAAUAGCUGUUUUGCAGAACGUUCAAGAGAAUCUGUGUGUUGGAACCCAUAUAGGCAAUCACACAUGCUAAUCCCAUCAGUGGGAAUUAAUCAUGUGAUGACUUGAAUGUUUGAAGAAAACUUUUUUUUCAGGCAUUCUAACAUAGGAAGCUCUGAGUUAGUCACUGGUACUGCAGUCCUUCCAUGCAUUGUCUAUGUUGUCCCAGCCUCAGUAAACUGCAGAAUGUGCUAUCCAUGUAUAUACUGUAUGUAAAAUGCUAGAUAGUUCAAUGGACUUACGUCCAGUUACCCCAGUCAUUGUAUCCUGAAUGGGGUACAGUGGUUAACAUUAUUAAAUUCCACUUUCCAAAUGGAAAUGUUAAUGUAAAAAGGAGGAUUGUGUAGUAAUUAUGUAGUGACCAGGAGAAUUAAAUAGGAGGGAGAAGGUUUUGUAAAGAAAAAAAAAAAACUAACCUGUUAUUCUGUAUAUUGCAUUAAGUACCGUCUCCUGUAAAGUCGUGGUACAAAAUUCGCUGAAGAUAUUGAAAGAAAGUACUGUGGAAAUUAAAUAUUUUUGUGGGAACUAUUUAAUGUCUGGUUGCAAUGAUACCUGGUUUUCAUGUCUGGCUUAAGCAAAAAAAGUGUGUGUUUGGGGUGGUUUUUGGUUUUGUUGUUUUGUUUUGUUUUUGAAUGAUCUAAAACGUCUUGGUUCCAGACUUGCUCUAGUGAACCUGUGUUCUAUUAAACAUUUGGAAUUGA